AUGGCAAUGAGAGGAGCCGGGCAGUACGCACCAGGGAAGGCGCAUAAGCUAAACAAAUCAGUCGGCUCCUUCUCACCCUCGUUCAUCAAAGUCGCAGCUGAGCAGACACCCGCAGAGCUCGCACUCGAGGCUGAAUUUGGCGAGAAGCGAUGGGUUUGGGUGAAGGAUGAGAAAAAUGGCUAUCUGAAGGCAUGGGUCGUACGAGAUGAGGGUGACCUCCUUCAUGUGCGCUGUACGGAUGACACGGACAAGACAGUCAAGGCGACGGAAACCGACAAGGUUAACCCGCCCAAAUUUGACCGAGUCAGUGAUAUGGCCUCUCUCACCUAUCUCAAUGAGCCCUCAGUCGCUUUCAAUCUACAGGCGCGCUUCCAGGCAGAUGCCAUCUACACUUACUCUGGCCUCUUUCUUGUUGCCGUCAAUCCCUAUAAGCGCCUGUCCAUCUACAAUCAGGACAGCAUCGACCUGUACAAGAACCAGACGCGAGACGACUCGAAGCCGCAUGUCUUUGCAACAUCUCAUACGGCAUAUCGCAACAUGGCGGAAAUGCAUGAAAAUCAAGCGAUCCUCGUCACGGGCGAAUCGGGUGCUGGAAAGACAGAAACAACCAAAAAAGUCAUUCAAUUCCUUGCUGCCAUCGCCCAAUCGCCAGCAGAUCAACGCAGGCACGAUGGUAAUCUUGAAGAACAAAUCUUGCGUGCCAAUCCCAUCCUCGAGGCCUUUGGUAAUGCUCAAACUGUGCGCAACGAUAACUCUUCCCGUUUCGGUAAAUUCAUCCGCAUCCACUUCAAUGAGCACGGCUACAUCUCCGGCGCCAACAUCAAUUGGUUCCUGCUCGAAAAGUCGCGUGUGACACAGCAAGCGUCGGGUGAACGUAACUACCACAUUUUCUACCAGCUUCUCGCAGGUGCAUCGCAAUCCCUCAAGGAUGAACUGCUCCUUACUGGAUCCGUGCAAGACUACGCGUACCUCAAGCAUGGUCGGGCUGCCAUACCAGGCGUCUCGGACAAGUACAUGUUUGAGGAGCUGCUUGGUAGUUUCAAAGUUAUGGGAAUCACAGAGCACGAGCAGAAGCAAUACUUCAAGACAAUUGCUGCCAUCUUGCAUAUCGGUAACUUGACUGUCGCUGCAGACAGGGCUGAUCAAGCGCGAUUGGUAGACAUGACCCAAGCUGAGAAGCUCUCUCACUUGCUUGGCAUUCCCGUUAAGGAGUUUACAAAGGCUUUGCUGACUCCACGCGUCAAGGCAGGCCGCGAAAUUGUGACACAGGCCAGGACUGCUGCACAGGUGGAAGCCAGUCUUGCUGCUCUAGCACGCGCGUUGUAUGAGCGUACAUUUGGUGCCCUCGUGGACCGCUUGAAUCAAGCUUUGUGCAGCAGCGAUGGGCUGCUCGCGCAUGACCAGUUCAUUGGAGUCCUUGACAUGGCAGGAUUCGAAAUCUUUAAGCACAAUAGUUUUGAACAGCUCUGCAUCAACUUCACCAAUGAGAAGCUUCAGCAGUUUUUCAAUCACCACAUGUUUGUGCUCGAGCAGGAAGAGUAUGCCAGGGAGCAAAUUGCAUGGAAGUUCGUUGAUUUUGGUCUCGACCUGCAGCCGACUAUUGAGCUCAUUGAAAAGUCAAAUCCUAUUGGUAUCUUGAGCUGUCUCGAUGAAGAGUGUGUCAUGCCCAAGGCAAGCAACAAGACAUUCACAGAGAAGCUCCAUCAAUUGUGGUCGAAAGAGUCCAAUAAGUACCGACCUUCCAAGUUUGCUGGCGACGGCUUUGUUUUGACGCACUAUGCUGCUGAUGUCGAGUACAACACGACUGGCUGGCUAGAAAAGAACAAGGACCCUCUCAACGAGAAUGUCAGCGUCUUGCUCGCAGCGUCUUCAGAUACCUUUCUCGCGGCACUUUUCGAGGAUAGUGGCGAAUCCAAGGGGCGCGUCAAGAAGGGUCUCUUCAGAACCGUCGCUCAGCGCCACAAGGAACAGCUCGCUGCGCUCAUGACGCAGCUGAAUGCGACACAGCCGCACUUCAUCCGUUGCAUCAUUCCCAACCACGAAAAGAGCCCGCGGUUGUUUGACUUUGGUCUUGUGCUGGAUCAACUGCGCUGCAAUGGUGUCUUGGAAGGUAUACGAAUUGCUCGCACAGGAUUUCCCAAUCGGUUGCCCUUUUCCGAGUUUAGACAGCGCUAUGGGAUCCUCGGUCCUGUUAUGCCAGAGGGGUUCAUUGAAGGCGCCAAAGCGAGUCAGAAGAUCCUAGAAGCACUAGCCCUGGAUACCUCUUACUACAAAAUUGGGCUUAGCAAAGUGUUUUUCCGGGCUGGCGUUUUGGCAGAUCUUGAGGAAUCUCGGGAAGCAGCAAUGAAGGCACUUGUUGCCCAAAUCCAGUGCCGAGCACGAGGUUAUGCUGUACGACGAUUGACCAACAAGCGCUUGCAACGAAAAGGCGCUAGUGAGCUGCUCAAGAAGGACUUUCGCACAUACCUCAAGAUGGCUGAAUCGCCCUGGUGGCAGUUGUUCAUCAAGAUGAAGCCAGUCUUGACGGCGACACGCUCAGACAGGGAAAUGCGUAUGCGCAGUCAAGAGAUUGUCAAGCUUGAAGCGCUUGCCAAGGAGAAGGAAAUCGCUUCGCAGAAAGCGAUGGAGAGCAUGCGUCAGGCAGAAGCUGCUCGUAGAGAGCUCGAAGAAGCGCUUGCAGCCGAACGCCUGACAGCAGUUGAUAAGGAUGCUCUUUACGAGCGCAGCAGGGCGCGCGAGACAGCUUUGCAAGAAGAAUUAGACAUCGCUAUGGAAGAUGUUGAUGCGCUCGAGGCGCGCUGUGAUCAACUCAUGCAAGUCAAAGCGGAGCUUGAAGCGCAGAUGGAGGGACUUCGUGGUGAUUUCGACCAAGGGGCAGUCAUGACUGAACGUUUGUUGAACGAGAAACUUGCUCUUCAGAAACGCUUUGAGGAGCUCGAAGCUUCGCUCCAAGUGUCUGCAAGUAUGAAGGAUGAGCUCGAGGAAGCCCGUCUUUCGAAAGAGCUUGCCGUUAAAGACUUGCAAAGCAAGAUUGCGUCCAACGACUUGGUCAUCGAAAAGCUCGGCCAUGAUCAUCAGAUGACCCUUCAAGAUCUUGAGGGCAAACUCAAGAAGAGUACGUCUGUUCAAGCACAACUCAAGCGUGAUUUGGAGGCAGCUCAAUUGAGUAAGAAAGCUGCCCAGCAACAACUUGAUGAGCUGGUGCAAUCUGUGGCUGCCAAUGAGGUGCUGCUUGGCAAGAAAGACAAGGAGUUGACAGAGCUGGCAAGGAUGGCACGCGAGAAAUCGACAGAGCACGACAAGGCGCUCGCAGAGCUGAGUACCGAACGCAUUCAGCGGACUUCCCUAAGCGAUACUGUUGCCAACUUGCAGUCCGAACUAGCAAGUCUUGGCAAUGCCAAGAAUGCCAUCGAGGAAGAGCUGGCAGUCCUGAAGCGCAACAGUAGCAAGACGGAAGAAGUCAAAGCACUGGAGACUAAACUUGCCUCGGCGCAUUCCGAACUUGAAUCAUUCAAAGCUUCAGAAAAGAAACAAGGGCUGGAACAUCGACGUACGCUCGAGAGUAAGGCUCGCGAGAGCGAGACCCAUCGCUUGGCUGUGCAGCGCCUGGAAGUCAUUAAUGCCAACCUUGUCAAGCAGAUGGCCAAGAGUCGACAAGAACUUCUAGAGAAGGAAAAGGCGCUGGGAACGCUCCAAGAUUCCAAGGAUGCCCUAGGUCUACAGCGCGAUCAAUUGCAAGCCCGACUGCAGGGUAUAGAUGUCGCCUCAACUGCCGUGGAUCAAGUCAAGGUAGCGUUGCAGCGUGAGCUUCAUGAAGCUCAGCAGCUUGCUCGAACCUCACAGGCUAAAGCAGCUCAGGUUGAUGUGGAGAAGGAACGUUACCGGCGUGAAGUGCUUGAUGUGAAAGCAAAGCUCGAGCAGCUUGUGCUGGAACGCAAAUCAAGGGAAGUGCAGCUUCAGAAGCACACUACACAGCAUGCAUCUCUUGCAGCUCGACUGCAAGAGGCAGAACGUGAGCGCGAUGCAGUCAAGUCGAACCUCACGCAAAAGCAGGCCAAGCUCGAUCGACUUGAUCGCAUGGACGAAACGCUUGUUGCAACGCAGGUUCGCGACGCGUUGCGCGAAAAGGAAGUGGCUGAGACUGCGCUCGCCAAGGUCAAGACGCAGCUCGACGCCGUUGAAAAUGAGCUUGUCGCUCUCAAUGGGAGGAAGACACGCUUUGACAAGGAGCUGGCUGAUCUCACGCUAGAGCUUGAACGGGAGCAUCAGUUGGCCAAAAGUGCUGAACGUAUGAACGCCAAGCUACAAAGCCAAUUGACAGAUUCGCGGACCCAAUUGGAAGGUGAACGUCAAGCGAAAGCAGCCGCGCAGUUGCAAGUCCGACAGCUCAAUUCGGCUUUGGAGACCGCAAAUGGCGACUUGAAGGAGCGGACCGAUCAAGUCAUGUCACUCUAUCGUGCUGUUAGCAAGACUGACGAAGUUCCGACAGAUUGGGCAGGAUAUAAGGCCAAGAUUGCCACGUCUGUUGACCUCGCCAAACAGUUGCAUGAAGCUGUGCAAGCACAUAAACGCUCUGAAGCAAGUCGACAAGCUCUUGAGCAGCAACUGGCAAAUGUCAAGAAAUCGCAUUCUGACAUUGAGGAAUUCGACAAGAAGCGCAGCCUUACUCGAUUGCAGGCAAAUGUGGCGUCUCUCGAUGUCCAGGCAUUACCCAACAGACCCUCCUCUGCUCCCUGGACGCCUCCUAGUCAGGGCACGCUGAGUCCAAGCCGAAGUCGCACAAAUACGCUUGCACGCAACUUUGAAAAUGUUGAGCCACCGCGCAUGGGAGGAACCUAUCCAUCUGAGGGGACUCGCAAGCUGCAAAGCGAGCUUGAAGCACUGCGCCGUCAAUUGGCGGCCCUUGAAGCAGAGAAGAGGCAAUUAUUGAGGAAGACUCCUCAAGGCGAGCCGCUAGACCCUAUUGCUUUCGCAAAGCUUCAGCGCGAAAACAAACGCCUGCAUGAGCUGUUGGACGACAAUGCAGAUCAGCUUGAUGCCAUGGCAGAUUCACAACGAAAUGAUCGAGCAUUCCUGAAGGAUCUCCAGACCAAGUCUAUGCAAGAAAUUGAGUCAACCUUUGCCACAUUGGCUGAUGAACGUGUGACCAUGACACAAGCACAAAAGAAAACCAUGUCUGAGCUUCAGACAGCAAAGCAGAGUAUGGAAGCGCUGACCACGAGUAAGAAACAGUUGAGCCGAACGGUAGAAGCACUUAAGCUGGAUCUGGAGCAGCAGAUUGCGUUGCGAGAGCAGGAAGCCUCAGUCGCCACUCAGCUUGAGAAUGAACUGAACGAUCUGGCUCUAAAGCACGAGACUGAGGCGAGUCGCAGCAAGGAGCUCGAAGAUUCUGUCCGUGUGUUUCGACAGCGCGCCGAAGAGUACUACAGCCGACUUGAGCAAGCCGAAGUGACUGUCAUGAAGGCUUCUCGCGCCGAGCAAUUUGCAAGAAAGCAGUGGCAAGAGACGGAAGAAGCGCUCAAGGCUGCCUUGCACGACAGGACUUCUCAAGAUGCCUUUAUUGCCAAUCUGCAGAAGCAGGUCGCUGAGCUGGAUGAGAAGCUGGAGGAUCAUCAACUUGAGCUGGCUGAAGCAUCGGCUCACCGGUCACGUCUGCAACAAGAGGUGACGCAGCAUCGAACAGCACGCUCUGCUGAGCUUGAGGAGCGAGAUGUAUCAGCUGAGCAGACCCGCAAAGCGUAUGGAAGAGAGCUCUCUGCAUUAUCUGCUGAACUCGAAACAGAGCGUAUGAGUGGCCUUCGUUUGAUUGAAGACAAUAAGGCCAUUCGGAGUCAGCUUGAAGAGUUGCAAGCAAAAGCUUCUGAGGAUGCUCUGGAUGCGGCCAGUCUCGCAAAGGAAAAGCAGCGUAUGGAGAAUAAGCUUGGUGAUUUGACCAAAGCCUAUGACGAGAGCAGCGCUGCGCAACGUGAUGCUCAGAACCGAUUGGUCAAUAUGCUCUCUGAGCUACGGUCCUUACGAGCUGCAAAGGAUGAUGCUGAAUCGGAAGCAAAGCAGCUCUCUAAUGACAAAAAACUGCUCGAGCGUCGUCUGAACGACUUGCAGCAGGAAUUGCAAAACGCCAAGUCAGACACACGUCCAGCCUUGCGUGACCAAGCUGCCGAGCUAGCGCAAAAAGAGGAUUUGCUGAGUAGGCUGACGGAACGCGUACAGCGUGCAGAUACAGCGGCUCUGGAAGCUCAACGGGAAGUCGGACAAGCACGGGAUGCGAAUGUCAAGUUGCACCGCCAAAAAGCCGCGCUUGAGAAUGAAAAGAAGGAAUUGCAGCUCAAGCUGGUUGAUUUGGAGACGAGGUCGUUCACCAGUGCUCCGAGCGAUCGUGCAUUUCUAACAAAACGCAUCCAAGAGUUGGAGGAAGAAUUGUCGCGCCAGGCAAUGGCAAAAUCUGAGGAAUCGCGUUCCCUGCGCAGUACGGAUCGCAACAUUAAGGAACUCGAAGCAAUGUUGCAACGAAAAGCGUCUACUGAGCAGCUUUUAUCACAGCAAGCUGCUAAAGCAGAAGCCAAGAUGCAAGCCUUACAGCAAGAUCUCGAAAGCUCAAGGGAUUCAGAUGCCGCGCACCAAUUGCGAGCAAAACGAGCAGAGCGCGAGGCAACGGAUCAACGUGAACGUGCAUUACGGGCAGAGAAGGAGCUCGAGAGGCUUCGUUCACGGGCAGAAGCAGCGAAGAACUUGACGAGGCAGAGUACACUUGCGACGGGUGGACCCGGUGCGAGGCUUUCAAUCGGAAACCGGUCAAUGCUGGAUGCGAAGCGUUGA